GUUUAAAUUUUGAAAUAAAAAUAAAAACAAAACCAUUUUCCUCACCCAAAUCCAACCCCAAACCUAGGGAAUUCAUUCCGUUGUCAUAGUCAAAAAUAUAAACUAUUUAUUCAUUAAUAUUAUUCUAGAAAAAUCACCUCGUUAUAGUGUGGUUUUAAUUAAUUACAAUUUGUGUUUGCUUUGUGACAAUAAAUUAAGGGCCUACAAGGUUAUUAAGUACAAAAGAACAAAACUAUAAAUUUUUGUUUACACUUAUAGUGAUUGUUAUAUUUAUAUUCAUAAAAGUGAAUAUAAAAAGAAAAAAAAAUUUGAACUUCCAUCAAAGGUCUAUUAAACUAUGACGGAGAGCUUAGAAACCGGAAAAUCCAAGGGGUUUAAAGAUGCCAGCGAACUAACAAGUGAAAAGCCCACUAGAGAUUUUGUAGAGGUCACAAUUCCACUUCCGUGGGGACACAUAUCUGGCAAAUGGUAUGGUCCACAGAAUGUUCGCCCUAUUCUGGGUCUUCACGGAUGGCUGGACAAUGCUGGAACUUUCGAUACUUUAGCACCUCUUCUCAGUCCGCAUGUAGCUUUCCUAUCGAUUGACUUGCCAGGCCAUGGAUUAUCGUCACGCCUUCCGGAUGGAUGCUGUUAUAAUAUGAUGGAUAAUUUAGUUGUUAUUCGAAUGAUUAUGAAUCAAUACAAUUGGGAUAAGGUAUCCCUGAUCGGCCACUCCAUGUCGGGUAUAAUUGCUUUCCUCUUCGCAGCAAUCUUUCCCGAUAAAACUGAGAUGAUAAUAUCGAUCGACGCCUUAAAACCUCAUCAGCGAUCGAUAGAAAAGACAAUAAAUACAUUAGCAAGUCGAUUAGAGGAGUCCAUAAAAGAAGAUCAACGCAAUCGCAGUAAAAUCGAACCACCUAGCUACACUUACGAGGAAUUGAUUGAAAGGCUAUUCCAUGGCUCUAUUCAAUCAGUGCAGAAAAAUAAUUGCAAGUACUUAUUAGCACGUAAUAUCCAGAAAUCAGAAAAGAACCCCGAAAAGUAUUUCUUUUCUCGAGAUCGAAGGGUGAGGUUCUAUAAUUAUGCAGCUGCACCACAAGAUGUCACAGUUGCUAUGGCCAAGAGGAUAACUGCGCCACACAUGUUUAUUAAAGCUUUAAGCUCAAGCUAUUUUGAAGAUAAACAGUAUUACGAUGAGGUGCUAAAUGUUCUACUCCAAAAGAGUAAUUUUGAAUAUGUUGAAGCUGAAGGAACGCAUCAUUUGCAUUUAAAUAAUCCUGCGGAUAUAAUCGAUCCAAUCAAUAGGUUUAUUGACAAAUUUGGACCCAAAAGGGAAGUGUUAAGUAAACUUUAAUUAAUUAUUUUUUUGGGGAUUUCUGUUAUAAUUAAAAAAGAAAAAAAAAACUUUUUUUUUAGGGAAAAAUUGUUUUUAGAAAAUUGUGAUUUAAUAAACUUUUAUUUAUAUUCGUAUACAA